GUUCUACAUAUCAUUCUGAGUGUAGGGGAUAUUUUAGGGGUGUGUGAUAUACCUGGAAAAGGUAUGUCUAAUAAACAAGCACAACAAUUUCCCGCGCCUGGUAAGAAGCUGAGCAUGCGCGGGGGCGUUUUCGCAAUAAAGGGUGUUUCAUUCUUCUUAGCAGCUGCUAAAACUCCCAAAACUUCCAAUCAACCCAGUCGUAGUUCUGACGGAAAGGGCAGAGGGCGCAAAAAAAUGAACGAUAAGGAUAUUUGUAAAUGUUCCGCCAAAGUUAUGGAGGCGACCAAAAGAGAUACUUUGUUAAACAGGAAAGAAAUCGACGCGCUUUACAGAAUUUACAAAAAAUUGAUUGCAUUCAACAAAAUCACUCCACAAGGGGCAAUUUCUCAAAAUGUAAAUGCUGCUGCUAUCAUCGGAAAACCGCCUACAGCAACAGAGGGCAUUGAUCGAACAGUUUUCAGAGAAGUUAUGCACAAUACAUUUGAUAUAGUAACAGAGUAUAUGUUGAUGGAUAGAAUUUUUUGCGUUUGGGAUAAACAAAAUUAUGGACUCAUAACAGUUGAAAACUGGUUUAAAGGACUAUCGUUAUUUCUAAAAGGAAAUAUACAAGAUCAAAUUAAUUAUUGUUUCGCUGUUUACGAUCUAAACAGUGACGGAUUCAUAACCAAAGACGAAAUGUUCCAGUUACUAAGAAAUUGCUUGAUUAAGCAUCCUCAAGAAGAAGAUCCUGACGAAAGUGUGAAGGAUUUGGUUGACAUCGUUAUGAGGAAAAUAGAUAAGGAUAAAGAUGGGAAAGUUUGUUUAGAAGAUUUUAGAGUAACCGUUCGAGAGGAACCUUUACUUUUAGAAGCGUUUGGUAGAUGUUUACCUUCGGAAGAAUCUAAAAUGACUUUUUUAACAACACUUAAAACAUAAAUAGUUGUAAGUACUCACUUUCAAAUAAAUGUUAUAAAAUUAUGUAUUUAUUCACUUCACUACUCAACAGGAAUUAAAUUAACUUUUGA